AUGCCGCACCCUCUCACCACACCUAAGCCGGGCACGAAGCCCCCCGCCACCCCAGGCCAAUGGUCGCCCACCCAACCGCGAACUUUCUCCGUCUCUGCGCCCCGGCGCGCCGUUUUGACAAGUCCACUUGGGCGGCUGGAGAUGUUCUGGAGGGGAAGCGGAGAUGGGGGAGUAUUGGCUGCUGUUUGGGCGAAGAAGGAGGUGGAAGGGAAGCCGACUGGGGAUGGAGGGGGGAGGAAGGAGAGAGAAGGGGCGAGUUAUGGGGAUAAGGUGGAGGAGGAUGUGAGGAGUGGGAGGUUCGAUCCGUAG